GAUACGGCAAAGCCUUUGAGGCGGUGCAAGAGAAGCGAACGAGAGAGCGGCCAUUCGACUUCCUCAAGUGCCUUUGAGGCUUGCAAUGAUGGUGUGAAUCAUACUUGCAUCUGGUACCUGAGCUGAGGCACGCACCUCUACGAGGCACUUCUCAGAGAUAAUACAAGGCCUUGUGCCUAGGCACCAAGAUGCCUUGCUCGAGAAAAUCAAGGUAUUCCUCCCACUCCCGCUCUUAUUCACCAUAUCGUUUCAGCAGGUCAGUUUCCCAGUCUUUUUCAAGGUCAAGGAGCCGCUCGAGAAGUAGGGAUUCAAGUGAUGCAGAAAAUCCUGGCAACAACUUGUAUGUGACUGGUUUGUCACCUCGAAUUACAAAGGAUGACUUGGAAAAGCACUUUGCAACUGAAGGAAAGGUGGUUGAUAUUCACCUAGUACUCGAUCCUUGGACAAGGGAAUCACGUGGUUUUGGAUUUGUUACAAUGGCCAGGAUAGAAGAUGCAGACCGGUGCAUCAAGUAUCUGGACCGAUCAGUCUUAGAAGGACGGGUUAUUACUGUUGAAAAGGCAAGGAGAAGGUGGGGUCGAACUCCUACCCCUGGCCGCUACCUUGGGAUGAGAUCCGCACAUGGACGGCGUCAUUCCCCAAGCUACUCGCCCCAUUGGAGGGGCCGUUAUCGCUCUCCCUACUCGUCCGAUAGGGACAGAUCCUACUCUCCUUACUAUAGGAGGCGGUCCUACUCUCCAUAUGACCGGCGGCGAUCUUAUUCUUCUUUCUAUAAUUGUUACCGAUACCGUUCACAGUCUCCAUACGGCCGCUACAGUCGUUCACCUGUCUAUCAUCGAGGACGAAGGUCGAGAUCCUACUCCUGUGACUCGAGGUCUUGUUCUCCUGACUAUUCUGUUUCACCCUACUAUUGUCGGCGUUACUACCGAUCAAUCUCUCGCUCACCUAGUGCUUCAAGAGUGAGGAGCUACUCUCGCAGCUUCUCUCCUCACAGGAGGAGUUUGAGGAGGAGCUACUCUUGCAGCUUCUCGCCUCCUAGGAGGAGUUUGAGAAGGAGCUACUCUCGCAGCUUCUCUCCUAGGAGGAGUUCGAUGAGGAGUUACUCUCGCAGCUUCUCUCCUCCUAGGAGGAGUUCGAUGAGGAGUUACUCUCGCAGCUUCUCUCCUCCUAGGAAGAGUUCGAUGAGGAGUUACUCUCAAAGCAUCUCUCCUCCUAGGAAGAGUUUGAGGAGCUACUCUCGCAGUUACUUUCCUAGGGGGUCAAGAUUGAGGAGGAACUAUUCUCGUAGCUGUUCGCCUAGGUACAGAUCUAAGAGGAGCCUACCGUGCAGCAGGUCUCCAAGCAGAGGGAGGAGGUAUUCAAGGGAAAGUUACUCUCAUAGUCGGAGUGCAAGCUCUGACUCACGGAGCUACAGUUCGGUCUCUUAGAUCGGCUGCGAGGUAAUCUUAGACAUAACACUGCUGGUUGAAUCCCUUGGACUGUUUAGAGCAACUUGAAUCCAUUUAUUAUUUAUGUGUAGCUUUUUCUUUUGUAUGUGUAGCUUGUUCUCUGGGACUGUUUAGAGAAACUUGAAUCCAUUUAUUAUUUAUGUGUAGCUUUUUCUUUUGUAUGUGUAGCUUGUUCUCUGGGACAGUUACUUCUAUUUGACUGUUAUGCUUCCUGCCGUCUUUUUUUUUUAAA